GCUCGUUUGAAAGAGGGCGCCUUUCCGUGCCGCGUUUACCAGCGCUGACGUUUCGGCCGUCAUGUGACGAGGCCCGGAGUUCCCAGGGUUCACUGUGAGCUCAUUGCCCCACCCCACCUCUCCAGAGCCAUCCAUCUCAAUAUAGAAAGAAAUCCGGGAGAAAAGAGCGAAUCUGCCCGAGAAGGGUCCUGCCACCUCGGCUUCACGAGUGGGGGGCCGCGGUGAGCGCCGCGCACGGACACGAGGGGGGCUGAGAGGCUCGUGCACUUGCAUGCGAGCCCCCGACAAGACGGGCCAGCGAGAUCCGGAGGCUGCGAGCAGGGCCGAGCCGAGCCGAGCCGGGCCCAUGUGAGAGAAGCACAAAGCGCAGCGAGCGAGUGAGGGACGGGCCUGUCACAUCUGGGCAGCCAGCCGCGGAAGAAGCGCCGAGGGAAGCAGACAGACAGACGUACAGACAGGCAGGCUGUGGCGGCGCCCCGCACGGCUCCGGAGGGGCCGACUCAUCGAUCUCUUGCUGCUCGCGUCCCCGAGGAGGGGAGAGGGGCGAGUCUGCGACCCCGAUGUGAUUUCUGCCAGAGCCCCGCUGAAAGAGUGGCAGCAGCACAGCCGUGAAGGACUCGAGGACUUGGACCGUGGUGGAAGCCGCCAGAGAGCGACCAUAUUAACGCGGAGGGGCGGCCCGGGCGGCGUCAUCCAGUUCCCUCCUUCAGUCCCGCUCGCGCUGGAAUCGGCCGCAAAGCCCUUCUGAGCGUUCGUCGGCAGAAUCCUCGGAGUGGGGUGCACGCAGCGGCUCCGCGCUGACCCCCUCCCUGUCGAGCGAGCGAGCUAGUGCGUCCCCCGGCGCUUUCGUCAUCUUCGCGGUCCAGCUUGUCCGCUCGGAAGAUGGGCUGUCUGGGGAACAGCAAGACCGAGGACCAGCGGAAUGAGGAGAAGGCGCAAAGGGAGGCCAACAAGAAGAUCGAGAAGCAACUGCAGAAGGACAAGCAGCUCUAUCGCGCCACACAUCGCCUCCUGCUGCUAGGUGCAGGUGAAUCUGGUAAGAGCACGAUUGUGAAACAGAUGCGGAUCUUGCACGUAAAUGGAUUUAAUGCAGAAGAGAAAAAGCAGAAAAUUCAGGAUAUUAAGAAUAACAUAAAAGAAGCAAUUGAGACUAUAGUGACAGCAAUGAACACAUUGGCCCCACCCGUGCAGCUCGCCAUUCCAGAGAACCAGUCUCGAAUCGACUAUAUCCUCAACAUCGUCAGCCAGAAGGAUUUCGAGUUCCCUGUGGAAUUCUACGAGCACACAAAGAUCUUAUGGCAAGAUGAGGGGGUGAAAGCCUGCUAUGAGCGUUCCAAUGAGUACCAGCUGAUUGAUUGUGCCCAGUAUUUUUUGGAUAAAAUUGACAUUGUCAAACAAAGUGACUACACACCUUCUGACCAGGACCUCCUCAGGUGCAGAGUUUUGACAUCCGGGAUCUUUGAAACCCGGUUCCAGGUGGACAAGGUCAACUUUCAUAUGUUUGAUGUUGGCGGCCAGAGAGAUGAGCGCAGGAAGUGGAUUCAGUGCUUUAAUGAUGUCACUGCUAUUAUAUUUGUAGUUGCAAGCAGCAGCUACAAUAUGGUAAUUCGAGAAGACAAUCAAACAAACCGGCUGCAAGAAGCACUCAACCUUUUCAAGAACAUAUGGAACAACAGGUGGCUCAGGACUAUUUCUGUCAUCCUUUUCCUAAACAAGCAAGAUUUGCUGGCUGAGAAAGUUCUGGCAGGAAAGUCCAAAAUUGAGGAUUACUUUCCUGAAUUUGCGCGCUACAGUACACCUGAUGAUGCAACACCUGAACCAGGUGAAGAUCCUCGGGUUACAAGGGCCAAGUAUUUCAUCCGCGACGAGUUUCUGAGAAUCAGCACAGCCAGUGGCGACGGCCGACACUACUGCUACCCCCAUUUCACAUGUGCAGUGGACACAGAAAAUAUCCGCAGGGUGUUCAAUGACUGUCGGGACAUUAUUCAGCGGAUGCACCUUCGCCAGUACGAGCUGUUGUGAUGGGGGAAGAAGUUUCUGUCUUCAUUUUGGACUUCUCCUCCACAUCUUUCUUCAUCAGUAAAUCAGAUUAAAUUGACAAAGCUGAACUAACUUGCCCACAUCCGGAUGUCUUUCUGGAAUUGGAGCCUCGUCUCCCAGCUCGUCUUCUCUGGCUUGCUCUCCCUGCCCCGCUUCCCACCCCCUCCUUCCCUUUUCUGAGACGGCGCACCCCAGUCUUCAGCAGCCAUUUUUGUGUAUUCUUUCUUUGUGGGAUCCGUACCUUAACAUUGUUAACAUAGAGCGUCUUGUGUCCCGAGGAAGUGGUGACGCCAAGGACUGGGGGUCCGGGAAUUAGGAGCAAUGACCAUCUUUGGAGAUUGGAGCCUGGCCCUACUAGAGACGCUUUUUGGGCAGUCCUACGAUUGAGACUGCCCUGCGAUAUGCCUGUCCCCUGCAUCAAGACACACACACAUACACACACCCACACACGCAACCACACACGCCCUCUGCAGGCACCACAAAUGUAGGAGAACAACAACCUCCUGACUUGCAGGACAGAAGACCCUCCAGGAGUGUCCCAUGACCCUUGAUUUGUGGGGAAUGUGGAUGUCUGGUGUGUGCAGGGAAUAUACUGGUGGCUCUGCAUUUAUGGAAGGAAUGCCCCAGAAUCAUUUACUGGAUGGUCCUCUGUACACUGACCCCUCCCCCAGUCCUUCUCUCAUUUUUAUUUUAUUUUAUUUUUUUUUUUUUUUUAAUUUUCCUGCUGGAUUAUUAUUCUUGUACAGAUAUGUAAAAUGUAUUAUUUUGUACAACUUUAUUGAGAACAGACUUGUAGGAGAUCAUUGUGCCUUGCUCAUGGCUGUACCUGUAAAAUGAGCUGAGAUGUAAAGUACGUUUGACUGCGCUGUACAGCUCCUGACCCUGCCCGCCCACCGCGGGGCGACACUCUCUCUGUAGUUUCGUUUUUUCUGGUUUAUAAAAAGGAGGAAAAACGCUGUUUAGUAAAAAGAAAAAUACAAAUUGUGCAAAUUUAACCACUUUAAAAGUGAAUCUUCAACAAGCGGCCACAAUCUGCAGCAUUCAUUUUAAUUUUUUUUAAGCUUUAACUCAUUUAAAUCUUUAUCCAAAUGCAAAACAUUGCUUGUUUCUACAUAAACCAAACUUUUUGCUAUAAAAAUUGACAA